CAUAUAAAUAUUGAAUAACUCUAGAAACGAAUUAGCCUUCACGGACAGCGUCACUUCACUUUCUGAUCGCGAAUUUGGGAACGAAAUCUGCAACUGAGAGGAAAUGGCAUCCAUCUUAGCUCGGAAAUCCAUAGCUGCUCUUCGCGCUCGUCAGCUCGCUCUGUCAGGGCAAGCAUUGCAGGGCUCUGCUCGUGUCGGGAUUAUAUACCCUGAGCGAACAUUUUCCUCAAAGCAUGCGUUCUCUAAUGACAAAGACGAUGAAGAAAGAGAGAAGCUUGCAAGGGAGAUAUCUAAAGAUUGGAGUACUGUUUUUGACAGGAGCAUAAACACGUUAUUCCUCACUGAAAUGGUUAGAGGUCUGAUGCUGACACUCAAGUACUUCUUUGAACCGAAAGUCACAAUUAACUAUCCUUUCGAGAAGGGUCCUCUAAGUCCUCGCUUUCGUGGAGAACAUGCUUUACGACGUUAUUCAACUGGAGAGGAACGUUGCAUUGCUUGUAAACUAUGUGAAGCUAUCUGCCCUGCUCAAGCAAUCACCAUUGAAGCCGAGGCGCGUGAAGAUGGAAGCAGAAGGACAACUAGGUAUGACAUUGACAUGACCAAGUGCAUAUACUGUGGUUUCUGCCAAGAAGCAUGCCCCGUCGAUGCCAUUGUUGAAGGACCCAACUUUGAAUUUGCUACUGAGACUCACGAGGAACUUCUCUACGACAAGGAGAAGCUGCUAGAAAAUGGUGACAGGUGGGAAACUGAGAUUGCAGAGAACCUCCGUUCUGAAAGCCUAUACCGUUAGAGGAGUGGAUUGGCCUCAACACCUGCAAAAAAUGUGGAGUUUGAUCUCUUAAUUUCUGAAAAGUUUAAAUAAAGGGAUAAUUUUGUUUAUGCUCCCCCUUGUAGCCUGAUUCUUUUUCACGAGAAGGGCAAGAAAACAUAGUAUUGAUGCAGUUGCUAUUUUUGCUUCGGAUAUCACAUUUGCUAUAUUGCUUCUCUCUA